GGGGGGGGGGGGGGGGUGCACAAACAUACCAAAAACUAAACUAUCUUCCGAAAAACAAUAUUACCAUUAUUUUCGCUCUUAUCUUUAGCAAUUUCACAAACACAACACACUUUUUUCUUUUUCCCUGUAGAUAUUCAAAAAAUAAUAUACUGUAAAUGGACACUGACAAACAAUUCAACCCCGUCUCUUCUCAUCCAGGACUGGGCGCUACAAGGCACUGGCUCACCGUGCAAGCGCACGAGCUGGUAGAAAACCAGCAGGUUAUCCAGGUUGACUCCGAGGCUAGCAUCGAGGAGGCCUGCGACACGCUGAUCAAGCACAGCAUCCAAUCUGUGCCUCUCUACGACUCGCAAAGCCAGACAUACGUCGGGAUGUUUGAUCUCCACGAUCUCGCCUCAUACAUCCUGGCCAAACGCGCCGGCAGCAGCACCUCAACGCCCUCACCACCACCAUCAUCUAACGGACACCGCCGGCAGCCGUCAUCGCCACUGGUAAUGAGAUCGGAGACUAGCAGUCCGAUGUUCAGGGCUGUGGCACGCAAGAAUAGUGUAGGCGAGAGAGUCGGGAGAGUAUCCGAUAUGUCCCAUGUCAACCCGUUUUACUCAGUGUUGCCCGAAACUACAGUUGCGCAAAUCGCCGGUGUCUUCGCCAAGGGUACUCACCGGGUGGCGGUGAUGGAGAGCGAGCGCACGAUCCGCGGGAUUCUCUCGCAGACGCGUAUUGUCCGCUACUUCUUCGAGAACUGUGUGCCCCAACACGCACCCAAUCACACCGAUGCUGCGCCGAUGAUCAGCGAGAGCGAAGACCGGCUUCUGGAUCGGUCGCUGCGGUCCCUAGGGCUUGUCACCCGUGAUGUCAUUGUGGCCAAGCCCACGACGCCGGUGAUCCAGGCCCUUAGUCUAUUGGAGCAAAACCACGUGUCGUCCAUUGCCCUCGUUAGCGAUGCCGGCUGUAUCCUCGGCAAUCUGUCUAUUGCCGACGUCAAGUACCUUGCUAGGGAUAAGGCCCUGGUCAAUGCCACCUGCAUGGAGCUUGUCCAGGCUGUGCGGUUCAUCCAGGGCAUGCAUGACGGAAAGGACCGCGCCGCCGUCUUCUCCGUGCGUCCCGAGGCGACGCUCAGGUAUGCGCUGAGCAAGCUGGUGGCCACCGGUGCCCACCGUGUUUGGAUCACAGAGCCCGGGUCUGCCAAUCACUCGGCGGUGGACCUACCGCUGGCCAACAUGGAGGCUACGACCCCUGAAUCUGCUUUGGAUGCUUUCCCCGCGCGGCCCAGGGGUCGCAGGGCUUCGGUUAGUAGUGGAUCAUCGCAGACUGUGCCGAUUGCCCCGCCGCAUUACGCCGGCGCCUUUGACGAUACCGUCUGUGGGCUCGUUAGCCUGACCGAUAUUGUGCGCCUGUUGAUCGAAAACGCUCCGGCACCUGCUGCUGACCCCGAAUACAACUACGCAAGUAUGGACUAAGUUUCAAUUCAAUUCAAUUCAAUUCAAUUCAAUUCAAUUC